UGGGCUCCUCGUUUGCGAGUAGAGAUAAAGCCAGACUUGGGCCUGAGCUUUGCCUCGUUGUUCAGAGAGGAACAGGGACGUUGAGGUCAAUUCCCCCAUGGGUGGGGAGGUGAGCCUGAUCUCCUAAACCAUGGAAUUUCUGUUGGGGCCUACAGAAAGCAAAAAGCCUCGUGUAGUUCAGUUUUUGGUGGGGUUAUAGUAAGAGACAAGUGUCUUAGUACCUUGUUUUGUUAGGACCUUGACAAAGGAGCCACAUGUCUCCAACCGCAUGCUGAACCACAUUGGGCUCUCUUAUACCCAUAUAUACUUGAGCACGCAUAUACAUACAUGCACCCACAUACACCCAGUAGAGAGUGGUGCCCCGGGCACUGGGAUGAAAGGGGUUAACAGGGAAGGAUAGGAUCUGUCUCUGGGCCAUGAUUUCUCCAGAGACCCAGGUGUCUGGGGUGCCCCCCCAAAUACUGGGCCUAGGGCCAGUUGCAUUUCUUGGCUGUCACGUGGUUUCCCAGCUCAGCUGGGCCAGGGGAGGAGCAACGUCUAGAGUCAACUCUGUUCCAAGCCCUAGGUUGACCAGAAAGGAGGAGACGGACAGACGGGUCUGAUCCCUCUUGGGUUCUCCAGCCAUGAGGCUUCUCUGGGGGCUGAUCUGGGCAUCCAGCUUCUUCGCCUUGUCUCUGCAGAAGCCCAGGUUGCUCCUGUUUUCUCCUUCUGUGGUUCACCUGGGGGCCCCUCUGUCAGUGGGACUGCAGCUCCACGAUGUUCCCCGGGGCCAGGUAGUGAAAGGAUUACUGUUCCUGAGAAACCCAUCCAGCAAUAAUGCUCCCUGCUCCCCAAAGGUGGACUUCACCCUCAGCUCAGAAGAUGACUUCAAACUCUUCAGCCUCCAGAUCCCCCUGAAAGAUGCACAGAGCUGUGGCCUCUUUCGCCUCCUUAGAGGUCCCGAAGUCCAGCUGGUGGCCGAGUCGCCAUGGCUGAAGAACUCUCUGUCCAAAAAGACAGACUUUCAGGGCGUCAACCUGCGCUUCUCCUCUCGCCGAGGGCACCUCUUUCUGCAGACUGACCAGCCCAUUUAUAACCCUGGCCAGCGGGUUCGGUACCGGGUCUUUGCUCUGGAUCAAAAGAUGCGCCCAUCCACUGACACCCUCACGGUCACUGUGGAGAACUCUCAUAGACUCCGUGUGCGGAAGAAGGAAGUGUACGCUGCCACGUCCAUCUUCCAGGAUGACUUUGUGAUCCCAGACAUCUCAGAGCCAGGUACUUGGAAGAUCUCAGCUCGAUUCUCAGAUGGCUUGGAAUCCAACAGUAGUGUCCAGUUUGAAGUGAAGAAAUAUGUCCUUCCCAACUUUGAAGUGAAGAUCAUUCCUGGAAAGCCCUACAUCCUGACAGCGCCUGGCUUUCUUGAUGAAAUCCAAUUAGACGUCCAGGCCAGGUACAUCUACGGGAAGCCAGUGCAGGGGGUGGCAUAUGUACGCUUUGGGAUCCUGACUGAGGAUGGUAAGAAGACUUUCCUUCGGGGGCUGGAGAAUCAGACCAAGCUGGUAGAUGGCCAGUGCCACGUUUCCCUCACAAAGGCUGAGGUUCAGGGUGCCCUGGAGAAGCUCCAGCCUUCUAAGAUUAACAUGGCUCACCUCCCAGGGCUGCGCCUCUACGUUGCAGCAGCCAUCAUUGAGUCUCCAGGUGGGGAGAUCGAGGAGGCAGAGCUCACAUCCUGGCGUUUUGUGUCAUCUCCCUUCUCCUUGGAUCUUAGCAACACCAAGCGACAUCUCGUGCCUGGGGCCCCCUUUUUGCUGCAGGCCCUGGUCCGAGACAUGUCAGGCUCUCCUGCCUCUGGCAUUCCUGUCAAAGUUUCUGCCAAGUUGUCUUCUGCUGGGUCUGUUUCUGAAACCCAGGCCCUUCAACAAAAUACGGACGGGAGUGGCCAAGCCAUCAUCCCCAUCGUUGUUCCUCAGACCGUGCUAGAACUGCAGCUCUCGGUGUCUGCGGGCUCCCCCUAUCCAGCCUUAGCCAGGCUAACUGUGAGAGCCCCACCCUCAGGAGGCUCUGGGUUUCUGUCCAUUGAGCGGCUGGAUCCUCGACCCCCUCACGUCGGGGACACCCUCAACCUGAACCUGCGAACUGUGGGCAUCAGUGCGCCCAGCUUCUCUCAUUACUACUACAUGAUCCUAUCCCGGGGCCAGAUUGUGUCUGUGAAUCGAGCGCCGAGGAGGACCCUGACCUCAGUCCCCGUGUUUGUGGACCAUCACCUUGCACCCUCCUUCUACUUUGUGGCCUUCUACUAUCAGGACGGCCUCCCAGUGGCCAACUCUCUGCGCGUGGACGUCCAGGCCGGCACCUGUGAGGGCAAGCUGGAGCUAAAUGUGAACAGUGGCAAGGAGUAUCAUCCUGGGGAGACGAUGAAGCUCCACGUACAAACCGAUUCUCCAGCCCUGGUGGCGCUGGGAGCUGUGGACACGGCUCUGUACGCUGUGGGUGGCAGGUCCCACAAACCCCUCGACAUGGGCAAGGUCUUUGAAGUUAUGAACAGCUAUAACCUUGGCUGUGGUCCUGGGGGUGGGGACACUGCCCUUCAGGUGUUCGAGGCGGCUGGUCUGGCCUUUUCUGAUGGAGACAGCUUGACCUCAGCCAGAAAGAGUCUGAGCUGUCCCAAGGAGACGAAAACCCGGAAAAAGAGAAACGUGGACUUCCAAAAGGCACUUAAUGAGAAGCUGGGCCAGUAUACUUCCCCUGUAGCCAAGCGCUGCUGCCAGGAUGGGCUGACACGGCUGCCCAUGGCACGCUCCUGUGAGCAGCGGGUGGCCCGUGUGCAGCUGCUGGCCUGCCAGAAGCCCUUCCUGUCCUGCUGCCAGUUUGCUGAGGGCCUGCGCAAGAAGAUCCGGUUGGGGGGCCAGCGGGGCCUAGCCCGAGCCAUGGAGAUCCUGCAGGAGGAAGACCUGAUGGAUGAAGAUGACAUUCCCGUGCGCAGCUUCUUCCCAGAGAACUGGCUCUGGAGAGUGGAAACCGUGGACCGCUCCCUCCAAUUGUCACAGCUGCUCCCUGACUCUCUGACCACGUGGGAGAUCCAUGGCGUGAGUCUGUCCAAAGGCACAGGCCUGUGUGUGGCCACCCCGGUCCGGCUCCGAGUGUUCCGUGAAUUCCACCUGCACCUCCGCCUGCCUGUCUCCGUUCGCCGCUUUGAGCAGGUCGAGCUGCGGCCUGUCCUCUACAACUACCUGGAUAAAGAUGUGACCGUGAGCGUCCAUGUGUCCCCAGUGGAGGGGCUGUGCCUGGCUGGGGGCGGAGGGCUGGCCCAGCAGGUGCUGGUGCCUGCGGGUUCUGCCCGGCCCGUUGGCUUCUCUGUGGUGCCCACGGCGGCUGCUGAUGUGUCCCUGAAGGUGGUGGCUCGAGGGUCCUUGGAGUUCCCUGUGGGGGACGCGGUGUCUAAGGUUCUACAUGUUGAGAAGGAAGGGGCCAUCCACAAGGAGGAGAUUGUGUAUGAACUCAACCCCCUGGACAACCGACGCCGGACCUUGGAAAUUCCUGGCAACUCUGAUCCCAAUGUUAUUCCUGAUGGAGAGUUCAGCAGCGUUGUCAGGGUCACAGCCUCAGAUCCAUUGGAUGCUUUGGGCUCUGAGGGGGCCUUGUCACCAGGAGGCCUGGCCUCCCUCCUGAGGCUUCCCCAGGGCUGUGGAGAACAAACCAUGGUCUACUUGGCCCCCACCCUGGCUGCUUCCCGCUACCUGGACAAGACAGAGCAGUGGAGCAAGCUGCCCCCUGAGACCAAGGACCAUGCUGUGGAUCUGAUCCAGAAAGGCUACAUGCGGAUCCAGCAGUUUCGGAAAACAGAUGGUUCCUAUGGGGCUUGGUUACAUCGGGAUAGCAGCACCUGGCUCACUGCCUUUGUGCUGAAGGUACUGAGUUUGGCCCAGGAACAGGUGGACGGCUCACUUGAAAAGCUGCAGGAGACGGCCACAUGGUUGCUGUCCCAGCAGCAGGCUGACGGUUCAUUCCAGGACCCCUGUCCAGUUAUCCACAGGGACAUGCAGGGGGGCUUGGUGGGAAAUGAUGAGACAGUGGCGCUCACCGCCUUUGUGGUCAUCGCCCUUCAUCAUGGGCUGGCCGUCUUCCAGGACGAGAAUGCACAGCAGUUGAAGCAGAGAGUGGAAACCUCCAUCUCAAGUGCAAACUCAUUCUUGGGGGUGAAAGCAAGUGCUGGGCUCCUGGGUGCCCACGCGGCUGCCAUCACGGCCUAUGCGCUGACGCUGACCCAGGCCCCUGAGAACCUGCGGGAUAUUGCCCACAACAACCUCAUGGCCAUGGCCCAGGAGUCUGGUGAUAACCUGUACUGGGGCUCAGUCGUCACUUCUCAGAGCAAUGUCGUGUCGCCCACGCUGGCUCCUCACAGCCCAGCAGACCCUGUGCCCCAGGCACCAGCCCUGUGGGUUGAAACCACAGCCUAUGGCCUGCUGCACCUGCUGCUCCGGGAGGGCAAGGCGGAGAUGGCCGACCAGGCUGCAGCCUGGCUCACCCGCCAGGCUGGCUUCCAAGGGGGAUUCCGCAGCACUCAGGACACGGUGAUUGCCCUGGACGCUCUGUCAGAAUACUGGAUCGCCUCCCACACCACCGAGGAGAAGAGGCUUAAUGUGACUCUGAGCUCCCUGGGCCGCAAUGGGUUCAAGUCGCAUGUAAUACAGCUGGACAACCACCAUACUCGGGGGCUGGAGGAGGAGCUGCAGUUUUCCUUGGGCAGCAAGAUUAAUGUGAAAGUGGGAGGAAACAGCAAAGGAACCUUGAAGGUCCUUCGUACCUAUAAUGUCUUGAACAUGAAGAACACGACCUGCGAGGACCUUCAGAUUGAAGUGACAGUCAUGGGCCACGUUGAGUACACGAUGGAAGCAAAUGAGGACUACGAGGACUACGAGUAUGAGGAGCUUCUAGCUGGGGACGACCCAGGGGCCCAUUCCCAGCCAGUGACGCCCCUGCAGCUGUUUGAGGGGCGGAGGAGCCGCCGCAGGAGGGAUGCACCCAAGGUGGCCGAGGAACAGGAGUCCAGAGUGCAGUACACUGUGUGCAUCUGGCGGAAUGGCAAGGUGGGGCUGUCAGGCAUGGCCAUCGCAGACAUCACCCUUCUGAGCGGAUUCCAUGCCCAGCGAUCGGACCUGGAGAAGCUGGCCUCCCUCUCUGACCGUUACGUGAGUCACUUUGAGACUGAGGGCCCCCACGUCCUGCUGUACUUCGACUCGGUCCCCACCUCCCGGGAGUGUGUGGGCUUUGAAGCUGUACAGGAGGUGGCCGUGGGGCUGGUGCAGCCGGCUAGCGCGACCCUCUAUGACUACUACAACCCCGAGAACAAAUGUUCUGUGUUUUACGGGGCACCAACUAAGAGCAAAUUCCUGUCCACAUUGUGCUCUGCUGAUGUCUGCCAGUGUGCUGAGGGGAAGUGCCCUCGACAGCGUCGUGCCCUGGAGCGGGGGCUACGGGAUGAGGAUGGUUACAGGAUGAAGUUUGCCUGCUACUAUCCCCGCGUGGAUUAUGGCUUCCAGGUUAAGGUUCUCCGAGAAGAUGGCAGAGCUGCUUUCCGCCUCUUUGAGACCAAGAUCACCCAAGUCCUGCACUUCACCAAGGAUGCCAAGGCCACUGCUGGUCAGACCCGAAACUUCCUGGUUCGAGCCUCUUGCCGCCUUCGCUUGGAACCUGGGAAAGAAUAUUUGAUCAUGGGUCUGGACGGGGCCACCUAUGACCUCAAGGAAGAUCCCCAAUACCUGCUGGACUCAGACAGCUGGAUCGAGGAGAUGCCCUCUGAACGCCUGUGCCGGAGCACCCGCCAGCGGGAAGCCUGUGCCCAGCUCAGCGACUUUCUCAAGGAGUAUGGCACCCAGGGGUGCCAGGUGUAAGGGCUGCUCCCCCACCUCCCCCAGGAGGAGCCUGAGCUGGGGAAGGGUGAUGCCUGGAUUGUUGCUGUGCCCAGUCCCCUGAACAUAGCCCCAGGGCAGGGCCAGAGAUUCAAUAAAGGCCUUUGGCAGCAAAGCGUCAGUGUGUGUCUCCAGGACUGAGAGCUGUGCCCCCACCUUCCCUUCCAGGUUCUGGGGGGCCCAGGCCGGGGUUUGCAAAAUCGUAGGCUUUCAGAGCCUGGAUGACCCUGGAGGUGUCCAGCUCUGCCUGAACCCUCCCAGAUGGCUCACUGGGAGCUCAGUCCAUCAUAG